AUGUCCCGUAAAGUGGCAGAUAGAGAAAUAGAACAACUUCUGGCGACUUUAGAAGAUGGAAAUAUUUCUGAGGAUGGCUUAGAAGAUGAAAGUGAAGAUGAAGAAACCUUUUUCGCUAAUGCAAGAGAAAUGAUUCGAGAGUUGGAAGACGAGGAUGCAGAGAAUCAUGAAGAUCCUACCUAUUGUGAUCCACCACUGGUUCAAGAUUUGCCUGGCCCAUCAAGUCAAAUUAUUAGUUCAUUACCCAUGCAAGAAGGUCAUGAACAUAUG